CAGCUGAAAAUUAGUGAAUUAGAUAUAUGAGGCAGCUAACUACGAUGCAAAGAUCUAUCGAUUAGUAGGAGGAGUGCCAAAAUCUGAUCCCAGUCAAGAGGUGGAGGCCAGUCGAGCCAGAGCACCAGGUGUACAUCAACAUCCUUUGAGGAGGGUGGCAAAAAGAACGAGGAGAAGACCUGAACACUUUGGUCCUGGUGAAUCUACUUCAGUGCAGGAAGAGGGCAAUAUGAUGUGGCGUCAUCUACCGCUGACUGCCCAGAAAAAACAAGGGAAGUAUGACUUGAUAAGAGACACUCCCAGAAUGACUGGAGCACUCGUCCUGAAAGUAACUGUUUUCCUGGUGUUGCUGCUGUGUGGAGAGAGACCGAGAGAGAGACUGAUGACAACAAUGAGGGUGAAGGUCAAACUGGUGCUAGUACAGCUGUGAGAAGAAGUGGGAGACAUUGUUAUCGCGGGUGAGUACGAUGCAACCCAAAACACAAUCCACACCACUCCAGACAGAGCUAGAACCCAUGCCAACAUUCACAGAUUAUUACAGAUUUACAAUUAGGUUAAAUAGAUAAUAAAAUUAAAAAGAUUUUUUUAUAUAUAUAGAUAAUCAGAAACAAGAGAGCCCUACACACAAAGUAGAUCUCAGAUAUUGGAGGAAAGGUUCCAGAUGAAUUUAUCACAUAGGGAGUAAAAUGAAUGCUGAAAAGUCGUGUGUGGCAAUAAAAUAACAGCUGGAGGUGGUAAAUGGGGAAGAGAUUUUUGCCAGAUUUUUACAAAUAAGAGAAGAACUGUUUUUUAAACGUAAAAUUAAGUAAUUAUGUGAAAGAAAGAUGUGUUUAAUUUGAUUUUGUUUGAUUUCAUUUGUUGAUUAUUCAGGGAAGAUGAUUAGAUUAAAGGAUAUUUACAUGUAACAAGUCCACUAACAUGUCAAUACAGACAAGCAUUAAAUUGGGUGUUUGAAGAGAAAAGAUGUGUCUUAAAAGUUUUGAAAGUAUUGUUGCAGAUACAUUUCUAACAGAACAAGCCCCUGGGAGAGGUUUUUCUAAAGCUAUGAAGGGAAAAGAAAAGUUUAAAGUGGAAAUGCGGGAGAAUGCUGGUAAGGGGGGCCUGUUAAUGGACUGGGUGGUCCAAAUUUUAGAUGAAUGAGAGCCGUUUUGGCCCAGCCAUGAGUGCUGCGAUAGCCCUAAUUCUGAUUUCCUUUCUCACAUGUCGCAUCGUACACAUCCUUUGGAGACAUUGUUGGAAGCUGACGUAGGAGAUGGGACUUAUGGUGGACCUAACACUGGCCCAUGAACUACAGGAAAUGCCACCAAAACAGCUGGCACAGUGUGUGAUUGAUCAAGGAGGGACUGAGGGACCUGAGCGGUUCCUGGACUUUGACGGAGACGAAGAUGAGCAAUGGACUUUGAGCAACACAAACAACAUAUUCAAUGAGCUGAGAUAUUGAACUGAACAUGUUUCAUUCGCAGAGUUAAAGGACUACACUAAUCACACAUUAAUCAAGGGGUUAAUCAGAUAUUAAUCAAGGGGUUUGUCGCAGGUUGCUACAAUGUAAUGUCAUGAUAUUAUCAAAUGUGGACACUUUCUUCUAUGCAAAUGAAAUUAUGUCAGCGCAUCCAGGAAAUGGAUGGUCGCCAGGGCGCGGGGCCGUAAGAUUCUUUCCCUGCUGAAACAGCCGAGCAGGGUUUUCAGUCUUACCCGCUGAUAUAAUUUGAAAUGAUCCUAGCUAUGGUAUGGUAUGGUACUGAUUUUUGUUUCUUUAAUAACAUAAGGAUGUUUAGUGUUUGAUAUGAUGAUUAGGUUUUUUGUGAAAGUAAGAACUUUCAAAACAGGGGGAUGUGUAGGGCAAUGUCUUCAUACAUUUAGGUUAAGAAAUAUAGAGUAAUUAUCUUUUAGUAAGAAGCUACAAAUAAUCUGGGUUGGCCUGCUCCUGCAGCCCCACGACCAUGAGAUUGUAAGCAAGGCUGUCUUGCAGGAGCCCAAACUAUUUGUCUGUUGGAACAUGUAAUCUCUGCCAGGGUCAAGACGAACCUAAACAAAGUGUCGUGGGGCAGACAUGUCAUCAUGAGGGGCCUUCUGGAGAAGACACACACACACACACACACACACACACACACACACACACACACACACACACACACACACACACACACACACACACACACACACACACCUAACAGCAUAAAAGAGAGAAGAAGAGAAGCUAGAGGAGGCUUCCUUGGGUCUUGGUCGAGACUCUGUUUGUCAUCUGUACUGAUUUCUACAUCUGUACUAUUAAAGACACCCCAGGCUGUUCUUCCGAUCUCAUCAUGUCUCCUGUGCAUUGUUUAUGCUGGACUUUCCACAACAUAAUUUUGAGUGUCAUUGUAUGAGAGACAUUUACAAUAAACAUACUUGGGGGGGCGGGGUAUAGUGGUGUAGCGGUUAGCUAAGGAGAAAUGUUCACUAAAUUCUAAAUGCUAUGUGUAGCAUUUAGAAUAUGUGUAUUGCUGCAUCUAAGACUUCAUAAUACCACAUGAAACAAAAAUCAAUACCAUACCAUACCAUACCUAGGAUCAUUUCAAAUUAUAUCAGCGCGUAAGACUGAAAACCCUGCUCGGCUGUUUCAGCAGGGAAAGAAUCUUACGGCCCCACGCCCUGGCGACCAUCCAUUUCCUUCAACUUCACAUGGGAUAAGGACACUCUGUGCACACAAAAAGAAAAAGGUAGGAGAUUUCCUAAAAUUUGGUUGAGAGUUCUUCUCCCUGUGAGGUGAUGCGGACUACUGCUCUCUGUCCUCUUCGAAUCAAAGAACCUAGAAUAGAAAUAAGAGGAGACAGUGGGAAUGAAGACAGUCUGAGAAAACUGCAUGCAUGCAGUCAGCUGAUCAAAGUCUGCCAAAUUUGUGAGGAAGCAAAUUAAAAUUGGAUAUAUAUCAGCUGAAUUAAGAGAAACUGCAGUUGGUUGUGUGAAAUUGCCCCACGCUGCUACAUAUGUAAAGCUAUAGGCUGUUACAUGUGUGAGAUGCCAUAUGUGAAGCUAUAGGCUGUUACAUGUGUGAGAUGCCAUAUGUAAAGCUAUAGGCCGUUACAUGUGCGAGAUGCCAUAUGUGAAGCUAUAGGCUGUUACAUGUGCGAGAUGCCAUAUGUAAAGCUAUAGGCUGUUACAUGUGCGAGAUGCCAUAUGUAAAGCUAUAGGCUGUUACAUGUGUGAGAUGCCAUAUGUGAAGCUACAGGCUGUUACAUGUGCGAGAUGCCAUAUGUGAAGCUAUAGGCUGUUACAUGUGUGAGAUGCCAUAUGUGAAGCUACAGGCUGUUACAUGUGCGAGAUGCCAUAUGUAAAGCUAUAGGCUGUUACAUGUGUGAGUUGCCAUAUGUAAAGCUAUAGGCUGUUACAUGUGCGAGAUGCCAUAUGUGAAGCUAUAGGCUGUUACAUGUGUGAGAUGCCAUAUGUGAAGCUUUAGGCUGUUACAUGUGUGAGUUGCCAUAUGUGAAGCUAUAGGCUGUUACAUAUGUGAGAUUGCCAUAUGUGAACCUAUAGGCUGUUACAUGUGUGAGAAGCUAUAGGCUGGGUGCAGAAGCACUUCGUCUCCUCCAAAGGGUGUGACUGCUCACGCCGUUACGUGUAUGAGAUUGUUAUAUGUGAAGAUAUAGGCUGUUACAUAUGUGAGAUUGCCAUAUGUGAAGCUAUAGGCUGUUACAUGUGUGAGAAGCUAUAGGCUGGGUGCAGAAGCACUUCGUCUCCUUCAAAGGGUGAGACCGCCUCACGCUGCUAUAAGUGUGAGAUUGUCAUAUGUGAAGCUAUAGACUGGAUGCAGACGCAUUUCGUCUCCUUCAAAGGGUGAGACCGCCUCACGCUGUUAUAUGUGCGAGACGGACAUAUGUGAAACUAGCUAGACUGGGUGCGGAGAAGCACUGGCCAGUAGUUUGGGGAGACAGCCUGGCCCGGGUUGUGAUGUGUUUUUUAGGCUGAAUGCCUGGUGAUAAAAGGUUCUGGGUAAUUGUUGGGAUAACAAGGGGAGCGGCAGACAUGAGUGUGUCUGUCCAUUGUUGAACUGUGAGUUUUAGACCAUCUUUCAUGAGCUUUGAAAGGUGGCAGCUGACGGACGAGCAGAUUCAUCUCGUAAUACAUACGUGGAUUUUCUUUCUGGAAAACUCCACUAGAAAGGAGGAUUUCUCAUGCGGAGUUCCGCUGAGGCUUAAGAAAAAGCCAAAAGGAGAACGAAAGUGGCAUAUUUCCUCAUAAAUUCUGAUCCAGAACUCUAGAGGGCUGAAUAAGUAUAAUGACGGAAUAGUAGAUAUUUGAAAUGUACAUAUAAAUAUCUCUUUUAUAUGUCAAAGACCUCACAAAAUCAGUGUUAUAAUUGGAUUUAAAUUAAAGAUACAGAUUGGCUUGAUGAGCAGGAGAUAGAAAAAGAGGUCAACAAGGAUAGGCUGAAAAGCCUAUUCAGGGAUCCCAAUUGAACAAGCACGUCCCAUAUCUCCUGACCAAUUGUAGAAGAAUCACACAAAUUGAAAAAAAUCACACAAAUUGGAAAAAUUGAAGAAAUCAAAACAAGAAUUAAAAUAGAAGACUGCUGACUGACUCCAGUGACUGACUUUGACUUCAAACACGUGUGAAAGGGUAUACCAUUGUGUGAUGAAAAAGUGAAGUGUGUGGGUUGAUUGGAUGUUUGUGUGUGUCUGUUUUGUUCUGUGUCAACUAAGUUCUCUGGCAGUGUUCACAGCCAGACUCUGCAUCUGUGUGUGUGUUAUGUUAGUCAAAGAUUGCUGUGCUUUCCUCACUUGUGUUUAUUUCAUAGUUGUUUAUGUGAAUACUGUGCUCAUUGCAGACAUGUUAUCAGUUGAGACAUAGAGGGUUAAAUACUCCUGGGAAAAAGGUUCUGUUCCUAGUACCAUGAUAAACACUCCUGAUAUGAAGGUUUACGCUUAAAUAUUAUGAUGGUUUUUUGUUGUGAACACGUCUUAUGCUCCUUAACAAAUUUUCUGUGUUAAAGCUGCUGAAAUAAUGUGUGUGAAAGUAUAAAAGAUACAGAAAGGGGAAAAAGAAAUGAGGUACCACAAGUGCAAAACUUCUAAAACUUCAAAUCUAAGGGUUGCUUCUAUACAUCUGCUGUUUCUGCCAAAAUACUGUGUUUUUUAAAUAUUAUUGAAGCUGUUAAUAUCGAUACUGACUAUUGCUAUAGAACUUCAGUUAAGGCAAAAGCUUUAUACUGUGUAUUUUUUGGGAAUUUUACAAAACUGCUGGGGAUCAAGUUUUAAUGUUUGUGCUCAUUUGAAUAAUAAAUUUUACAAAAACCAUGACCAGAAAGGGAAGAUUAGUUUAACUCCAAUUGCAUUGGUAGGGUGUAAAUAUCCUGAUCACUUAAAAAAUAUCCAAAAACUUACAAAGAAAUGGGAACAUUGAAUCAAGGGGUUAGAAUUUUUUAUGACCUAGGGGAGGCACAUCUGAUGUGACUGUGUGUGAGGAUUUGGAGCAGCGAAUCGAAGACCAUAAACACAAAGAUAAAAGUAAAACAUGCAAAAAAAAGAGAUUUGGAACUAAAAGUACUGGACAUGUUCAAAGAUUUUUGUCAUUUUUAUACUUUAGAGUCCAAUUUUAGAUUUUAAGUCAUACUGUGACCUUUUUGAACCUGAUUUCAACGUUGUUCUUGUGUAUUUGCUCUUUAAAUGCAUCAUUUUUCUCUUUUUAAAUCAUGCUCUGAUCUUUUGAACUAAUAAAUAAGAAUAGAAUAAAAACAAAAAAUGUUCUAUCUUAGGUUGCCUUUAAACUUAUUAUUAUUAUUAUUAUUUUUUUUUUUUUGUUUAUCUCUUUUGAAUUUCCAAAUGAUUUAAAAUCAUUGAUAUUUUUGUCCCAUAUGUUUUGAAAAGGAAAUUGACAGUUUUAGUGAAAUUUUGACCCUGUUUGGCCCUGAGGUUAGACCUAAAUCCAGAUUAUGGCCCUUGCUGUGGUUGGGUUUGACACCCCUGGCCUAGAUUAUGUUCACUUGGAAAUGCACUGAUAGUAUGUCUUCUAUCUUAAUAAAUGGCACACAGGCGAGCUAUGUGCCGUGGAAAACCACACAUCUUGUUGGGCUGAUUGCCAGACUACCAAAAACUGAACAGGGGGCAGGGAGAUGGAUACGAGUUUUUGAGGAUGAACUGCAGGAAAAUGUUGACUACACCAGACAUGAAAGCACUCUUGGCUAAACUGCUGGGAACUAAGACGAUGGAGGAGUUUCUGCACAAGGCAAAAAAAGGUUGGAUGACGAAUCCCAUGACUGAUGGGAGUGAGUUCAAUGCAUAUUGUGAUGUGAUGUGGAGGGUGCCGCCAGAUGAAGAGCGGAGACCGAAAGAACAGGAAAAGAACAUCAGCGGAAGUUGAAACAGCCACCUCUAAGGGGGACACUGCAAAAGAGACCCAGCGAUGCAAACCGUGCAGACGCUAACUGCAGUAAAGCCUGUGACAGUAACCUGUUUAAUCACCUGUUGUGAAUGUUUAUCCUCAGACAAAACCCUGCUCCAUAGAGAUGAUAUAUCCCGGCAGGGGGAGAGAGUGGAAUUCUGACGGACGUGUGACGUCUAAAGACCUGCUGGGGAUGUGAUCAUACCAGACAUUUUUGACAACUGCCCUGACCAGGGAUGCCUCUGGCUGGAGCUGUGGUGGGGGGCCCCAGCCCAGACAAUGUGAAAGUGGUGGCUUACUACAGUGUGAUUUUUGUGGAUGAUGGAAAAAAAAAGUUAAUUAUUAGUUUUAAUUUUAACCCUGUUGACCUUAUAGACCAAAAAGCCCUAUGUAGAAGUAACAUUCAAAUUUGGUGUUCACCGCAAGGUGUGUAAGUAGACAGUUAUGGUUUAUAGUUUUAAGUAAAUAUCGUGACAUUUACAGUGUAACAUUCCUAUUCUGUUAGUUUAAUACUGAAAAAUUUAAAUGCAGCUGUGCUGAAUCCACAUACACUCCUCACAGAUGUGCCACCUAAUGUGAAAGUAAUAGGAAGCUAUCAAAGGCCAAUAAGGCCACAGAAAAUGGUUUAGAGUCAAAUAACUAGUUUUUGUACCAGUAGUAUUAACAAACGAACUCAAAAUCUGACUUUCACAGUGAUUCACACUGUGCAAGGGGGGAGAUUAAUGAGACAAUUAAAACGAGAUUUUUAGAAUAUUCUGACAAUAGUUGAUAAACUCUUGGGUCAUUGUGAUAUGUGUUUUCAGAUGAAUUGAAGAGACCAAUAAAACGUUAGUGGGACACUUUUCUAGUUCCAGAGGGACGCUUUUAGAAAUCUAUUCAUAGACAAUGUGGACAUGAUUAAAACUGCCAAGGGAUAUGUUACAUGUUUGUAAUGAUGACAGGUUCAGUCGAUGGAUAGAAGCAACACCAUCAAAAGAUCUUGGAGUCAAAAUAAAUCUGUCACUGCAUGAUUUGGUACAUCAUUUUGGGGAAGAAAGUUAAUCUCUCAAGUAAAUAUCAGAUCAGAGAAUUUGCACUAACACUAACCUAUAGGAAGAUGCUUUGCUACUUGCGCUUAUGAGCUUUCACAAUCAAAAGCACUGUGAUAAAUCUUUCACUGCAUGAAUUUCUAACUUACAGAGCUAUGCUUUACUGCGGCUAAACAAUUAAGCUUUUCGCUUGAGCAGCUGAAAAUGAGUGAAUUAAAUAUAUGAGGCAGCUAACUACGAUGCAAAGAUCUAUCGAUUAAUAGGAGGAGUGCCAAAAUCUGAUCCCAGUCAAGAGGUGGAGGCCAGUCGAGCCAGAGCACCAGGUGUACAUGAACGUCCUUUGAGGAGGGUGGCACAAGAACGAGGAGAAGACCUGAACACUUUGGUCCUGGUGAAUCUACUUCAGUGCAAGAAGAGGGCAAUAUGAUGUGGCGUCAUCUACCACUGACUGCCCAGAAAAACAAGGGAAGUAUGACUUGAUAAGAGACACUCCCAAAAUGACUGUAGCACUCGUCCUGAAAGUAACUGUUUUCCUGGUGUUGCUGCUGAGGGACAAUGUGUGGAGAGAGACCGAGAGAGAGACUGAUGACAACAAUGAGGGUGAAGGUCAAACUGGUGCCAGUACAGCUGUGAGAAGAAGUGGGAGACAUUGUUAUCGCGGGUGAGUACGAUGCAACCCAAAACACAAUCCACACCACUCCAGACAGAGCUAGAACCCAUACCAACAUUCACAGAUUAUUACAGAUUUACAAUUAGGUUUAGGAAAAUAGAUAAUAAAAUUAAAAGGAUUUUUUUUUAUAUAGAUAAUCAGAAGAAAGACAGCCCUACACAUUUAGUAGAUAGGAUAUAUUGAAGAAAAGGUUCCAGAUGAAUUUAUCACAUAGGAAGUGAAGAGAAUGUUUAAAAGUCGUGUGUGGUAAUAAAAUAACAACUGGAGGUGGUAAAUGGAGAAGAGAUUUUUGCCAGUUUUUUACAAAUAAGAGAAGAAUUGUUUUUUUUUACCUAAAGUUAAGCAAUUAUGUGAAAGAAAUUAUUGUUUGAUUUGAUUUGUUAAUUAUUCAGCGAAGAUGUUUAGAUUAAAGGAUAUUUACAUGCAACAAGUCCACUAAUAGGUCAGUACAGACAAGCAUUAAAUUGGGUAUUUGAAGAGAAAAGAUUUGUCUUAAAGGUUUGGAAAGUACUGUUGCAGAUACAUUUCUAACAGAAUGCUGGUAAGGGGGGCCUGUUAAUGGACUGGGUGGUCCAAAUUUUAGAUGAAUGAGAGCCGUUUUGGCCCAGCCAUGAGUGCUGUGAUAGCUCUAAUUCUGAUUUCCUUUCUCACAUGUCGCAUCGUACACAUCCUUUGGAGACAUUGUUGGAAGCUGACGGAGGAGAUGGGACUUAUGGUGGACCUAACACUGGCCCAUGAACUACAGGAAAUGCCACCAAAACAGCUGGCACAGUGUGUGAUUGAUCAAGGAGGGACUGAGGGACCUGAGCGGUUCCUGGACUUUGACGGAGACGAAGAUGAGCAAUGGACUUUGAGCAACACAAACAACAUAUUCAAUGAGCUGAGAUAUUGAACUGUACAUGUUUCAUUCACAGAGUUAAAGGACUACACUAAUCACACAUUAAUCAAGGGGUUAAUCAGAUAUUAAUCAAGGGGUUUGUCGCAGGUUGCUACAAUGUAAUGUAAUGGUAUUAUCAGAAGUUGACUCUUUUUCUAUGCAAAUGAAAUUAUGUCAGCGCAUCCAGGAAAUGGAUGGUCGCCAGGGCGCGGGGCCGUAAGAUUCUUUCCCUGCUGAAACAGCCGAGCAGGGUUUUCAGUCUUACGCGCUGAUAUAAUUUGAAAUGAUCCUAGCUAUGGUAUGGUAUGGUAUUGAUUUUUGUUUCAUGUGGUAUUAUGAAGUCUUAGAUGCGGCAAAUCGUACACAUAGCAUUUAGAAUUUAGUGAACAUGUUCUAUUUUGAUCACGUAAGAAUGUUUAGUGUUUGAUAUGAUGAUCAGGUUUUUAUGAAAGUAAGAACUUUCAAAGGGGGGACUGUGUAGGGGAAUCUCUUCAUACAUUUAGGUUAAGAAAUAUAGAGUAAUUAUCUUUUAGUAAGAAGCUACAAAUAAUCUAGGUUGGCCUGCUCCUGCAGCCCCACGACUCUGAGAUUGUAAGCAAGGCUGUCUUGCAGGAGCCUGAACUAUCUGUCUGUUGGAACAUGUAAUCUCUGCCAGGGUCAAGACGAACCUAAACAAAGUGUCGUGGGGCAGACAUGAGGGGCCUUCUGGAGAACACACACACACACACACACACACACACACACACACACACACACACACACACACACACACACACACACACACACACACACACACACACACACAGGAUAAAAGGGAG